AAGGCGUAAUUUGCAGUCCCAGAAGCAGUUACUGACGCAGACUCAGAGGACAUCGCUAAAAAGCGAUUUUAGCCAUAUUACUUCAUUUAUCGUUUCUGUUCGACUCAGAUUUUAGAAGAUUCAUGACUACAUUACUGUCAGAAGCAGUAAAAAUAGAAUUAGGCGCAACAGAGAGAUGGCCUGAGAAUGUGAAGUUAUUUCAGCAAUAUCAAGUUGAACAGAUAACUUUCCCAGACUAUGCAGCAUGUCUGAGUGUAAAGACAUAUCUACAUAUGUGCGGACUGAAGUUUACAACAGAACUUAGGAUAAAUGCGGAGGAAAUGUCACCAUCAGGUCGUGUUCCUUUCAUCCAGCUUGGACCAUUUCUUGUAUCCGAGAUGGAACCUAUAAUUGCUUGUGUUCAAACCAGGGGAUUCCUUUUGAGUUCAGAGUUGACGGACAUUCACAAGUCGGAGUUAAAGGCUUACAUGGCAUUGAUAGGAAACACGUUAGUCAAUGCUGAACAUUACCUAGCUUGGUUGAGGGAGGAAGUUUCAGAGGAGGUUUCUAAACCGCGAUAUGGGAGCAUGCAUCCAUGGCCACUAGACAAGAUACUGCCGUGGAAGAAACAGCGAGAAGUAAAGCAACGUCUAGCAAGUGUCGAAUGGGCAGAGAAAACAUUUGAUGAGGUGUGUGAUGAAGUUUUGACAUGCUGUCAGGCACUGUCAGAAAGACUUGAUAAGCAGGACUUUUUCUUUGGAAAGAAGCCAACGGAACUAGACGCUCUGGUGUUUGGACAUUUAUUCACUUUGUUGACCACAGACCUUCCAAAUAGGGAGUUUGCGCUGAUCAUUAGAAAAUUCGAGAAUCUUGUGCAAUUUUGUGAAAGAGUGGACCAAAAAUACUAUAAAAAUCUGAACAACGAUUAUUGAGUGUAAAACCUAUACAAGCACUGCUUGUGUUCAUUUUGUGAUAAUUUUUUUAAGAACUAGAUAUACUGUUUAUGUUUGGAGAGGAGAUAUGCAUGAAUAAAUGAAAAUCUGUAAAACUAAA